CUUACUUCAAUUUACUAGUAACCUCAACUCCAGGAAACAGAUUUGAACCAAUCUUCCGUAGAUCGCAAUGAAGAACGUCGUCGCUCUCAUCGCCACGGCGGCUCUCGCCGCCCAAGGUGUCUCCGGCCACUACAUCUUCCAGGCGCUAUCCAAAGGCACCGCCAAGGGUACCAUGUACGAGUUCGUCCGACGAAACUCCAACUAUAACUCUCCCGUUACCGACCUAUCCUCUAAGGACCUCCGAUGCAAUGUCGGUGGUGCCACCGGAGGCAACACGAGCACCCUAGAGCUGAACGCUGGUGACCCAUUCACCUUCACCCUCGACACAGCCGUGUACCACCAAGGCCCGACUUCCUUGUACAUGUCCAAGGCCCCGGGUACUGUUGAUGAGUACGACGGCAGCGGUGACUGGUUCAAGAUUAACGACUGGGCGCCUAUUUUCAAUGGCGGCUCGGCUUCCUGGACUAUGUCAGGCAGCUACUCUUACACCAUUCCCAAGUGUAUCCCGAGCGGCGAGUAUCUCCUGAGGAUCCAGCAGCUCGCCAUCCACAACCCCGGCGGCGUUCCUCAGUUCUAUAUCAGCUGUGGCCAAGUCAAGGUCAGCGGCGGUGGUAGCUCUUCGCCCUCGCCUACGGCCAAGAUCCCCGGCGCUUUCAAGGCGACCGACCCCGGCUAUACUGCAAACAUCUACAGCAACUUCCACAGUUACAUUGUCCCCGGUCCAUCUGUUUUCACCUGCUAAACGGGUAAUUACCUAAUUACCUAUCCAUGGCUUGCAUAGUGUUGUGCGGGAUUGUAACAGACGAAGUAGGGAAGUCUGGAUAUUACUCCAUACGAUGUAUCUUUAUAAGAUAGAUCACCAUGAAGCACAAUGAGCAUUCAUUAAUUUGUCAAA